AUGUUCCCACUGGGGAUGAGCAGUCUAUCCAUGGUGGAAGCUGCGCUGACCGCCUUACUGUCCCUGGGGCUGCUGCUCAGUUUGGCACAACACCUCUGGACCUUGCGCUGGACUUUGAGCAGGGACCGCGCCUGUUCUCUGCCCCUUCCCAAGGGAUCUAUGGGAUGGCCCUUUUUCGGCGAGACGCUGCACUGGCUAGUUCAGGGCUCCAGGUUCCACAGCUCUCGUCGGGAGCGCUAUGGGACAGUAUUCAAAACGCAUCUGCUGGGCAAGCCAUUGAUCCGCGUGAGCGGCGCCCAGAACGUGCGCACCAUCCUUCUGGGCGAGCAUCGCCUGGUGAGCAGCCAAUGGCCUCAGAGCGCGCGCAUCCUGCUGGGCUCUCACACGCUUCUGGGCGCAGUAGGGGAGCCCCACCGACUGCGGCGCAAGAUUCUGGCCCGAGUGUUCAGCCGCGCAGCACUAGAAAGUUAUAUGCCGCGCAUCCAGACCACGCUGCGGAGGGAACUGUGGACUUGGUGCGGAGUCCCGGGGCCAGUGUCUGUGUACGCGGCCGCUAAGGCUUUGACCUUCCGUAUCGCCGCUCGGAUCCUUUUGGGUCUGCGUCUGGAGGAGGGCGAGUGCAAUGAGCUAGCCAAGACGUUCGAACAACUGGUGGAAAACCUCUUUUCCCUGCCUCUGGACGUCCCUUUCAGCGGUCUGCGCAAGGGAAUCCGAGCCAGAGACCUGCUACAUGAACAUAUGGAAAAAGCCAUUUUGGAGAAAUUGCAGAGGGAGGAGCCUGGAGGACAAAAGGAUGCUCUGGAUUUCAUUAUCAACAGUGCCAAAGAACAAGGCUGGGAAUUCACUCUGCAAGAACUGAAGGUAUGGGGAUCAUUCCAGGGUUAUAGAUCCAGGGAUCAAAGAAGGAAGUCUGAAAGAAGAGGGAGAUAGGACAUCAUUUGAAUCAGUAAGCAUCAGUAAAGACCUCUUUAGUCUACUUUUUUUUUUUUUUUAAUCCAGGAGAGAAAUCUUUUUGACUGCAGAAUAGACUUCACCUCAAUUGCAUUCCAUAUUGAAAAUACUACAUGGAUAUACAAUGGAAAUUGGAAAGGAUCCAUAACUAUGUUGUCCAGACAAAUGCUGAAAUUCCCAAAGUUGUGCCUUCCCAAAGUACCAGGAAGUACUGUGUUCCCUGAAAAUUUUUAUCAAGGGCAUGUACCCAUUAUCCCAGGAGCCCUAUGUGUUUGGGUAGGU